AAUUAUUUUUGCCUCUCUGAAUUUCUCUUUUCCAAGAAAUCCAUAGUCCUUAUUUAUUCAUUCAUUCAUUCAUUUAUUUUUGCUCCCCUGAAUUUCUUUUCCAAGAAAUCCAUAGUCCGUCUUUAUUCAUUUUUGCCUCCCUGAAUUUCUUUCUUUUCCAAGAAAUCCAUAGUCCUUAUUUAUUCACUCAUUCAUUCAUUCAUUCAUUCAUUUAUUUUUGCCCCGCUGAAUUUCUUUCUCUUCCAAGAAAUCCAUAGUCCGUCUUUAUUUUUGCCUCCCUGAAUUUCUUUCUUUUCCAAGAAAUCCAUAGUCCGUCUUUAUUUAUUUUUGCCUCUAUGGAUUUCUUUCUUUUCCAAGAAAUCCAUAGCAUUUAUUUAUAUAUUUAUUUUGGCCUCUCUGAAUUCCUUUCUUUUCCAAGAAAUCCAUAGUAUCUAUUUAUUUAUAUAUUUAUUUUGGCCUCUCUGGAUUUCUUUCCCAAGAAAUCCAUAGUCCUUAUUUACUUAUUUUUGCCUCCCUGAUUUUCUUUCUUUUCCAAGAAAUCCAUAGUCCUUACUUAUUUGCACGCACGCACGCACGCACGCACGCACGCCGCCCGGGAUCCGAGGCAGCACACCUGCGUACCCUGGGGUUUGGGUUUAUCAACAGAAUCCAGCAUCAUCAGAAAAGGCCUGGGGGCAGCUGAAAAGUGCACGCGAAAUUCGCAAACUCCCCCCUCUCACUCUCCCUACCUCUAAGUUUUAUGAAAGCUUUUUGCCUUUUUGGACACCGUUCGUGACCCUGUGUCCUUCUGUUCGUUUCUGCCGAGGCAGUUUCCCCAUCUGGUGCUCGGAGACGGCCGGCGCCGGGGGACCGCGGGGAGGGGGGCUCCUGCUGGGGCAACCAGAGUGGCCCCGGGGUCCGGCCUACCAGGGCACGCACGCGCCCCACGGCGCCGUCGGCUCAAGCACCUUCUCGAGUUUACGUUGCAGGUCACGGGCGUCCCGAGGUCCCCCGGGGUUCAGGGAGGAAAGCGUUAACCCCGCAAGGCUUUCCCGCUGCUAAAAAGUCCCAGCCCCUCCCGACCUCUGUGCCGUCCACUCUCGCGAGAGGAAGCCCCCCCCGCCCAUCUCCCGGGGGCGGGGCGUCGUCUUGGUUGGCCCCGCCCCCAGCUCUGGGAGUUGCCUAGCAACGACGCAACGCACCUCCCGGGUGCGGGGACGCUCGGGAGCUCGCGAGCUCCGGGCUGCGCGGUUUCUCCUUCCACCUUCCGCGGCCGCCGUCCGCGGGGGCGAUCGGAGCCCCGCCCCGGGGAGCCUGCGGCCGCCGGAUUGGCGGAUGAGCCUCUCCAGGACCGAAUCCUGCCCUUGGACUGCAAUGACUGACUUCACAAUCACGGACUCGACCUAUCUCUGCAGCCCAUUCGCACACCCGUGACUUCUUGACUCGUGCCGCUGUCCUCCCCAGCUCCGAAAACCAGGAUCUGAGACAUCUCCGGAAGUGCUGCCAUGUCUGGGAAUAUUGAAUCUUCCUCGGAACAGAACAACAACAGCUAUGAAACCAAAACCUCCAAUCUUCGAAUGUCAGAGAAGAAAUGUUCGUGGGCAUCUUAUAUGACCAACUCCCCAACUCUCAUCGUUAUGAUUGGCUUGCCAGCCCGGGGCAAAACGUAUGUGUCUAAGAAACUCACACGCUACCUCAACUGGAUUGGGGUGCCCACCAAAGUGUUUAAUCUUGGGGUAUAUCGACGUGAAGCAGUCAAGUCCUAUAAGUCCUACGACUUCUUCCGACACGACAAUGAGGAGGCCAUGAAGAUCCGCAAACAGUGUGCUUUGGUGGCGCUGGAAGAUGUGAAGGCGUAUCUUACUGAGGAGAACGGGCAGAUUGCUGUGUUCGAUGCCACCAAUACCACCAGGGAGAGGAGGGACAUGAUUUUGAGCUUUGCCAAGGAGAAUUCCUUCAAGGUAUUCUUUGUGGAAUCUGUCUGCGAUGAUCCUGAUGUCAUUGCUGCCAACAUCCUGGAGGUAAAGGUGUCGAGCCCGGACUACCCUGAAAGGAACAGGGAGAAUGUGAUGGAGGACUUCCUAAAGAGAAUCGAGUGCUACAAAGUCACCUACCGACCCCUUGACCCAGACAACUAUGACAAGGAUCUGUCUUUCAUCAAGGUGAUAAACGUGGGCCAGCGAUUUUUAGUGAACAGAGUCCAGGACUACAUCCAGAGCAAGAUCGUCUACUACCUCAUGAAUAUCCACGUGCAGCCUCGUACCAUUUACCUUUGCCGGCAUGGAGAGAGCGAAUUCAACCUCUUGGGGAAGAUUGGGGGUGACUCUGGCCUCUCGGCUCGGGGAAAACAGUUUGCCCAGGCUUUAAGGAAGUUUCUGGAGGAACAGGAGAUAGCAGACCUCAAAGUGUGGACGAGCCAGCUAAAGAGGACUAUCCAGACCGCUGAAUCCCUGGGUGUGACCUAUGAGCAGUGGAAGAUUCUGAACGAGAUCGAUGCUGGCGUGUGCGAGGAGAUGACCUAUGCACAGAUUGAGAAGCAGUACCCGGACGAGUUCGCUCUUCGAGAUCAAGAGAAAUACCUGUAUCGGUACCCUGGUGGGGAGUCCUACCAGGACCUGGUGCAGCGGCUGGAGCCCGUCAUCAUGGAGCUGGAGCGCCAGGGCAACGUCCUCGUCAUCUCCCACCAAGCUGUCAUGCGCUGCCUGCUGGCCUACUUCCUGGACAAGGGUGCAGAUGAGCUACCGUACUUGAGGUGCCCUCUCCAUACCAUCUUCAAACUUACUCCUGUGGCCUACGGAUGCAAAGUGGAAACCAUUAAACUCAACGUGGAGGCUGUGAACACUCACCGCGACAAGCCAGCCAACAACUUCCCCAAGAACCAAACCCCUGUAAGGAUGAGAAGGAACAGCUUUACGCCUCUGUCCAGUUCGAAUACAAUAAGGCGUCCAAGAAAUUACAGUGUUGGGAGCCGGCCCCUCAAGCCCCUCAGCCCUCUCCGUGCCCUGGACACGCAAGAAGGGGCCGACCAGCCGAAGACCCAAGUCAGCAUUCCGGUGGUGUAACCGUGUGUCCCCUCCAGGCUUGGCCUCCUGCCCUUGUCACUAAGCACCAAGGAGUCAUUUAACUUCCAGCCCCUACCCCCAGUGCUCCACCACGGAUCUUAACACAGAACGUGAGCUCACGUGUUUCCAGACCAAUCUUAGCUGUUCUCCAGUGUGAAACAUGUCCCCGCCCAGGGGCCAUUUGACCAGUGGGUAUUUCAGGACACGUCCCCAUUUGGGGUGGUCUGGAGAAGGAGGAAAAGGGAUACGCUCCCCUGGGUGCUUAGCAUAGCUGGGUCUGAGGUUAAGCCUGCCCCGUAGACUUGGUUCUUGUCCCUGGUGUCUAAACCCCUAACGUCCUUGUGUUGGUAAAGUGGGGGGUGGGGCGGAGGGGGACGCAGAAGCCCAUUUUUCCUUCACCUUUGUCUCUUCGAGGUGUGCUCUACUCACAGCCCUUACUUGCCUGCUUUGUCCGCCCUCCCCCCCUCGCUCACCUCCCCUUUGGAUUGUCCGGUGUGGUGCAUGGCAUUGUCCUCGUGGUGUCUGUGGAGCAAGGGAGGGGUGGCAAGAGAGAAGUCUAGGCUCUGUUGAUGCUCUCGGCAGGGGGCCUCAAUGGAUCCAGACUGGGGGAGCUUUUUUUUUUCCCCUCUCCUUUCCUCUCAAGCCAGGUCCUGAAAGGGUCAGUCUAGGCUGUAGAACAUCCACGGGUGCUCUGGAGCCUGCAAGUGGACAUAGGGUGAGAGUACGUGCCUCCUUUCGUGAGAACUAGUCCUGAAUCUACGAGGCCCUGGGGGGAGUUGGCUCUGAGUGUGUGCAAAAUGUCUUGGUUGGUAUUUUUCACUUCAAAAGCCAGGCAUAGGUUGUUUUGGCAGCUGUAGAGUGAGGUUUAGGUGAAGAGGACAUUCUCUAGCUCUUGCAGGUCUCUUGUAGGGCAGCCAUGCCUUUUUUUCCAGUGGCUCCCAGCUUUGCCAUCCACAGCAACUUUCCUGCCGAGGCCAGUGACCUCUGGGGCUGUGUAGGACAGAGUUAAGUUAAAGAGUCACCAGUGAUGCUGGCAUUGCUCAAGGCAGACAGCAGGGAAGAGGUCACUAGAGCUUAUUUUCCUGUAAUUUUCAACACUCCACUUUAGAUUAAAAAAAUUUUGCAUGAGCAAUGUUGUUGUUGUUGUUGUUUUCUCCUAAAUCUGGGAGAGGCCUGAUGAUGAACUUAAUCUUCUCACGGGUGUAUUCUUUCUUCCAUCUUUUUUUUCUCUCUCUCUUUUUUUUUUCUUUCUUCCAUCUUAAUGUCCCGGAGUCUUUGGGACCCUGAGGGGUCUAGCUCUGAGUUGUCUGGAAUUGCCUAUUUGCUUCUGUCAUUUUAUUUUCUCCGCAGGGUUAAACAGGAAAUGUUUAGAGCAGGGGAUUCUUAGCUCCUUGGUGGCCCUCCAAUUGUGCAUAUAAAACAUGAAUAUAUGUGCAGUCUUCUGAGAGGGAAGUCCUGAUUUCUCAUGAGAUUUUUACAAGUGAUGGGAUGAAUCCCACACCUUAAAGUUAUCAAUUUGUCAUUCAGAGGAAACCGGCAAAAGCAAGUGAGCUUUAGGCCAAGGGUGUUUUUGUUUGCUAAUAGAAGACCUUUUGUCAAGAUUCUCAUCUAGGAGCAUUCAUUCGAAUCCUCUUUAGAAUUUUUUUUUAAAGAUUUAUUUAUUUAUGAUAGACAAAGAGAGAGGCAGAGACACAGGCAGAGGGAGAAGCAGGCUCCAUGCAGGGAACCUGAUGCGGGACUCGAUCCUGGGACUCCAGGAUCGCGCCCUGGGCCAAAGACAGGUGCUAAACUGCUGAGCCACCCAGGGCCCAGGGAUCCCCCCCCCCCCCCCCCCGCUCUUUAGAAUUUUUGAGACAUGUACGUGCUCUGGUCCACUUUAGACUUCACACAAAUUCAGAAUCUCUCGGGUUGGGGGUCUGGCUAUGUAUGCGUUGAAGUAACUUCGCUGAAGAUUCCGAUUCAUACUCGAGUUCCACUUUAGCUGCGGGGAGAAAUACUGGAAUAGUUCCUUGGUCAGAGCAUCAACCUAGAAUUCUGAAUUCUCCUUGGCUCUCAAAGGGCAAUUCCCUGGAGUUAGACGUGAGAGCAGAUCACAGUGUUACAUGAAGUGACCCCCUUGAGGGCAGGCUGCUGUGUUUGAGAGGGUUGCUCUAGGUUCCAGUCCCAUCUUUAACCCUUUGCGCUGCAGGGUGAUGUGAUUCACACAACCACUGUGUGAAUAAAUGCCCUUGGGUCAUAGCUGGGAAUUUUCAGCGCUCUGGUUAAAGGCACGGAGAUAAACCUGUAGGAUGGUAAAGGUUAUCAUCACAAGCAGCCGGCUUGUGACCUGGAGUCCUUUAUUCUUACAUCCCGAGUAGGACAUCACAGUGUUUCCAAAAAGGUUGCAUGCCUGGCUUCUGCCCCUCGUUGCAUCUAAGCUGCCGUACAGCUUUGCCGUUACAUCCCGUGUACGUAGGGUCUUCGUGAGGGCUUCGGGCUGGGUGGGAGGCAGUGAUGAUGGUAGAGGACAGGGAAGUAGAAGAGAAGGUUCUUGCCCUGAAGAAGGUUAUUUUGAAGACAGGUUAUAUAAUUAUAACAAAUGAACAUUUGUGAAAGAGCAACACCUUGAGUCUGUAAGUGUGGACAUCAAAGUGGAGUUUAGAUUACUUCUGGCUUUUCUCUUGUCCUGUGAGACUAAAGGGGGUAGGAGGUGAGAAUCCUCCUCCCGCAGGUGGGGAUGAGAUGUGAUCUAGGCAGAAGGUGGGGCACUUCUACAAGCCCUUGUGGAACCUGAGUGGCCGGCAGCACCCUUAGGCCAAAUGGUUAUUCAUUCAAGUUUUUUUUUUUUUUUUCCUGCUGUGCACUAAGAACAAUUCAGAGCUAAUGAAUGACAAGCAGGAGCAUUUUGAUCCAAAGACUUUGGAUCUGAGCUGUGCAUACUCUUAGAGGAGGAUUCUCCGGCGCACGAGCCUUGUGUUACCCUUUUUGUGAACCCCAGCGUGAGACACAGGUUGCCAGGAUGUCCUCUGUGGCCCUCAGCCUGCUCCUCGUAUCUCCACCGUCCCCCGUGCUAGUUUGCUUCCCCCAAAGGGAGAGCCCGAGGUGACACAAGAAAUUAAGACACGAGAAAUUAGAACUUGACGGUAGUGAGGCUCUCAGCACCCUUCAGGUUUUAGAGCAAGAUCCCUCCAGAGAAGUUUGAGCAGCAAGAAGCCAGGAGAAUAGAGUGGAACAGAGCUCUUGCUCCACACUUCAGAGACACUCUGCUUCCUGCCCUUUCUCUCCUCUUCUUCCUUUCUUACUGGAACAUGUGUUAGUUGUACCUACACGUUACCAUAAUCACGUCUAGAUCACAGAUCGUACAAAGAAAGGAGGGGUCCCAGAGCACCUUUUGCUGAGGCUUUCGGUUUCAUUGUGGGAGAAAUCAGGGAAGGCUUUAGCCUGUUUAAAUUAUUUAAUCUAGUUAAUGGGGAAAGGAAAAUCCCUGUAUAUUUUAUUUUCUUGUUUGGAAGCUGAAUGAUGAAUUUCGUGACAGACUUGAAAGAGGAAUCUGAAGAGGAUUGGGGAACUAGCUUCUCUUGUCUCUUAACCCUCAAAUUAGAAUUUAGUUCUUAUUAAUCUGUAUUGCCUUUGGUUUGGUUUGGGUUUGAUACGGAGAGUGUUUUACAUUUAGCCCCAAUAUAGAGUAAGGAAAUCUUUUAAGAACAUUGCAUUGUGCUGUUGGGUCUGUCCUAUCUUAUUGUCUCAGGGUUGGUUGGUUGGUUGUUCUCCCCCAAGAAGUUAGAGUUAGGAAUACAAUGUGUCUGUAUUCCCAGGCUGAAUGGAUGAGUGUUUCCUGUGAGGUUCUGGGUGCUCCUCUUUGUAACCCACAAACGGAUCUACAGAGGCACCAGCAUUCUCAAGAAAGUUGACAUAACUGUGGAAAUAAAUCCAUCUUACGGUUUUUCUCUGAGUAGGAGGUCUCGGUUCUGGAGAAACCUAUUGGUGCUUGGGGUAGCCAAAGGACAGGGGGAAGAAAGUCUAAUGAUUGAGGGAACUGUGUCUGGGUUAUACAGUCUUACGGACAUUCCAUUGUCUGUGCUGAGUUCAGAAGCCGUGUUGUGUUUGUUUUCCGGAAAUUUGACCAGUUUACCCAGGUUUCCUAGCAUACAUUUUGACUUGGUCGUGUUUUAAAAUUUUUAAUUUUAAAAAGAUCUAACAGUUGAGCCAGGUUGCAGCAUUGGCAGGAUGGAUCUCUGACUUCCCAGGAAUUUAAUUUAGACGCCUGGUGUCUAGAAGACUGUAUCUGGCGAUAACAAUAUGCUGGCUGACUGGCUGACGGACUCCAGUAGGUUUCUUGUCGUCCAACAGUCUGUUUGCUAAUUGUACCCGUUAGUAGCAGAUGCGUAUUGCUAGAAUUCUGUGUCUGUCGCAUGUGUCCUUCAACAAAAGGACGUAAACACUUCACAUGUUUUUUCAGGGGGAAGUUCUAUACGCUAUGAUUUUUAAUAGACAUUUCAUUUAGAGUAGCAGCCAAAUUCUCAUCAUUUUGUAGCAAACGAAGAUUGAACAUCACUUGUGUAUAAUGUUUUGUGAACUCAGCGAAGGAGAUGCCUGCUCAAAGCCUGAAAUUGUUACCUCUGCCUGCAUUCAUUCCACUCACUCACCCACUUGUAGGCACGACUUGCCUUUCACCAGCGGCUGCUGACCCUGCUGUGUCCUCAGCUUCCCUGUCCCGGGAUAUAGCAGUGGAUAAUGCUGUUGUUUUCUGUCUCCCAUGCAUCUAGCUCUUACUCUAAUAAAUAAAAAUGCAAAGGAAAUCUUACAUUUAAAAAUGGA